GAGGCGGAAGUGGCGCGGCCGGCCGUCGCUCUUGGGCUCUCGCUGCCGGCUCCGGGUACCGUGCGGAGCCUCCCUCCCGCCAGCCGCCGCCGCGUCCCUUGCCCUCGCUGCCCCUCCAUGUGCCCAGGCGCCGCCGCUCCGCCUCGGGCCGCCGCUCACCCCGGGGUCUAUGGAAGUGAUGGAAGGACCCCUCAACCUUGCUCACCAACAGAGCCGACGAGCAGACCGUUUGUUAGCUGCUGGGAAAUACGAAGAAGCGAUUUCUUGUCACAAAAAGGCUACAGAAAGACUAUAAAAUACAGAGGAACAUAUAGCAGAAUGCAGAAGCUAAAAACAAGUAGAUGAGGAAAGCCAUGAAAAGCUAAGACGGGAAAGGACUCUUAUCUCUCUGAAGCCAUGAAGUUGACACAGUCGGAGCAGGCUCACUUAUCACUGGAACUGCAACGGGACAGCCACAUGAAACAGCUUCUCCUCAUCCAGGAGAGGUGGAAGAGGGCAAAACGUGAGGAGCGGUUAAAAGCGCAGCAUAGCACAGACAGGGAUGGAAACCCCCACUUGCAGGCAUCUCACAGGCCCUCUGAGGACAUGGAGGGUCAGAACCCUCUACUUUCUCAAACAUACAUCGCUUCCACAGAGAAGCGCCUUCCUGAGGUUCAGGGGGUCUUUGACAGGGAUCCAGACACACUGCUAUAUUUACUUCAGCAAAAGAAUGAGCCAACGGAACCGUGUAUCGGAAGCAAAGCCCCAAAAGAUGAUAAAACAAUUAUAGAGGAGCAGGCAACCAAAAUUGCAGAUUUGAAGAGGCAUGUGGAAUUCCUUGUGGCUGAGAAUGAAAGACUAAGGAAAGAAAAUAAACAACUAAAGGCUGAGAAGGCCAGACUCCUGAAAGGGUCAACAGAGAAGGAGCUGGACGUUGAUGCUGACUUUGUGGAGAAGUCAGAGCUGUGGAGCUUGCCACCACACUCAGAAACUGCCACAGCCUCUUCAACCUGGCAGAAGUUUGCCGCCCAUACUGGGAAAGCCAAGGACAUUCCAAUACCCAAUCUUCCUCCCCUGGACUUCCCAUCCCCAGAGCUCCCUCUUCUGGAGCUCUCUGAGGACAUUCUGAAAGGAUUCAUGAGUGAUUAAAAUGGAAGGCCAUUGGAGAGCUGUUAACAGUUAAUCCAGAAAAGAAUACAAAGGGAAAGCCACGCCCCAGGGGAAUCCCAGAAAUGCUCCUUCAUCUGGUCUACUGUGAGAGAAGAGGCCAUGCCAGGACCUGGGACAGUCACUGUGAAACAUCACUUAUCUUACGACUAAAGCUCAUGAUUCCGACUUGGCAGACACUGAACUCUUGGAUGGAGGUUCGCUUUCUUAUGAUACAAACCAAAUGGCUACCUGGAAUCAUUUUUCAAACAGUUAUUUUUCUUAUCUUCAGGGUUAAAUGUAUAAAAGUAUGUCACAUGUAAUUAAUCUAUAAUGCCAUAAAUGAUAAUGCAAAAGCUAAAUAUGGUGGCCUGAAAGGCUCACUUGUAUUUGGAACAUGCUUUCUAUCAUGCAUUGACUGUAUGCAUUUUAUGCACAUUUUGUUUGUUGAGAUACGGUGUGUAAGAUACACCCUUCCAGAUGGAACUGUAUGUGCCACAGUUUGCACUACUCAUAAUGAUAACCUCAAGACUAUCAGGAGAAAUAUUUAAAUUUCCAUUUUAUGAAGAAAGGAACCAAAUUAUUAGCUAUGCUUUUUAAAAAAAUUACCAGUUUACAUAAUUAAUCAGGGUGCAUUUUAAGUUCUAACUUUGUGUUAUAUGAUGCAUCAUUUGAAAAUACCGAGGAACUGUCCUUAGUUCUGAAUGAUGCAUGUGUGAAAGUAAUGCUAGUUAGCAGUAUUUGAUUGUAAGAAAUCAAUAAAGUAAUUGUGUUUCAUA